AUGUCGAACCGAGAAGAUCGCAUAUUUUGUCAUGCUUGUGGCGGGGUAGCCUUACAAGUUGAUGAGACGGAUUUAAGCUGCCCGCUAUGUGAAUCUGACUUUACGGAGAUUAUUGAAAUUCCUCCCGAUAAUGAUCCUCCAGAGCAAUUCCCAGCACCAGAAUCCCCGCGCCAUGAGUCAACAGAUGAUGAUCGUCCGGGUUGGAGACGAACGGAGCACCGCACUUAUUCACGCUCAAGCAUGCCGGGCUCUCCAUCAUUUACUACCCACUCAUACUCGUCACCCAAUCAUCGAUUCACUUUCAUUAGUACUUCGGUAACAGGCGGAUUCCCAACCCGACAAGGCAAUGCCCAACCUGCUCCCACCGUGCCAACCAUGCUGCAGGGACUAGAUGCUAUAUUCCGAUCGCUUGGGGAGACCGGAUACACUGAGAAUGGGGCAAGAAGAGCUGCAAUAGAUCCAUUCCAUUCUGAUUCAUCAGGCUGGGAAGAUCCCUUCCAUCGGGGGUUGGGCGACCAUCCCGAUCCCGAAGAAAUAGCUCCACGAGAUCCCGCGUUACCACGAUAUGCAGAUCCCGCGUUGCCUCGAUAUGCAUCAAGAACCGCAUUUCCGUCAGAGGGUAGCCUAGCUGAGUAUGUGCUCCAUAAACCCAGGUAUCGUAAUCACUUUGGACGCGCUAACGUCGCCUAUCCUAGGCUUUUUGAAUCUCUUCGGCCAGCAACGGCGCGAAGAACUGGUACCGGCCCAAACCCGUUGGCGAUGCUUUCUGCAUUACUAGAUCUAAACCGGAAUGGAGAUGCUGUCUAUUCACAAGAGGAACUAGAUCGAGUAAUCUCCCAGCUAAUUGAUCAUAAUGCUACAGGGACUGCACCACCCCCAGCACCCACUUCGGCCAUUCACUCCUUACCCAGGAAAAAGGCCGACCAGCAGAUGCUGGGAUCGGAUGGCAAAGCUGAAUGUUCCAUUUGCAAGGAUACGGUAGAAUUGGGAACGGAAGUUGCCAUGUUACCUUGCAAACACUGGUUCCAUUUCGACUGCAUUGAGAUGUGGCUCACCCAACAAAAUACCUGCCCACAUUGUCGCCGGAGCAUUAAUCCUACCCAGGCGGACCCUGCUCAGGACCCUGCUCGUGGGUGA